UCAUAUUAGGGGUGGUCUCGAAAGAGUUGCAGGGGCGGUAUAAAUUAGGCGUCCACUGUCUUUGUUCGCCAUUGCGCACGUUUGUUUGACCAAGAGAGCAUUCUCCAGAGUUGCAGGCAUGGCUGAAGCAGACCGUCCCGGGAAGCUUUUCAUCGGCGGCCUGAACACGGAAACAAACGAGAAAGCCCUUGAACAGUAUUUCGGCAAAUAUGGAAGGGUUGUUGAAGUGCUCUUGAUGAAGGACAGAGAAACAAACAAAUCAAGAGGAUUUGCAUUUGUGACUUUUGAGAGCCCUGCUGAUGCAAAAGAUGCAGCCAGAGAAAUGAACGGGAAGUCUCUGGAUGGAAAACCAAUUAAGGUGGAGCAAGCAACCAAACCAUCAUUUGAAUCUGGGCGUCGUGGCCCUCCUUCAAUGCAGGCAAGAAGUAGAGGACCACCAAGAGGGCUAAGGGGUAGCAGAGGAGGGCCAAGUGGAAUGAGAGGGCCACCAACUAGAGGAAUAUCCUCUAGAGGCCCACCUCCCAUGAAAAGAGGACCACCUGUUCGCAAUGGGGGUCCUCCCCCAAAAAGAUCUGCACCUUCAGGGCCUAUGGGAAGAAACCCCAUGUCCCGUGAGAGAGAUCCAUAUGGACCACCUCGCAGAGAUGCUGUGAUGUCUAGGAGAGAUGAUUAUCCUUCCCCUCGAGAUGACCACUAUAGUAGUAAAGACAGUUAUUCAAGUCGAGACUACAUCAGCUCAAGAGAGGGAAGAGAUUAUGCACCUCCUCCAAGAGACUAUACAUAUAGAGAAUAUCCGCACUCCAGUUCCAGAGAUGACUAUGGAUCAGUGUCCCGUGGAUAUAGUGACCGCGAUGGAUAUAACAGUGGCAGAGAACCGCGGGGUUAUGUAGAACGCCCUAGUGCUGGUUCUUACAGAGAUCCAUAUGACAGCUAUGGUAACUCGCGCAGCGCCCCUCCCUCGCGGGGGCCCCCACCAUCCUACGGUGGAAGUGGCGGAAGCAGUCGUUAUGAUGAUUAUGGCAGCAGUUCCCGGGAUGGAUAUGGAAGUCGUGACAGUUACCCCAGCAGCAGAAGUGAUCCUUACCCACCCAGCCGUGGUGAACGUAUUGGCAGACAAGAGAGGGGGCCUGCACCCCCAGUAGAGAGAGGCUACCCUCCUCGGGAUUCUUACAGCAGCUCCAGUCGUGGUGCCCCUAGGGGUGGUGGUAGAGGUGGAAGUCGUUCCGAUAGGGGCAUUGGCAGAAGCCGAUAUUAAUUGGACCAACCCCAGCACAGACCCCUCCCUUUCUGUAAAAAGUUGCAUAUUCCAUUUUUGUUUUUUUGUUUUUAAAGCCAGUGGAGACUGAACUUUUCAAAAGACUGGGCAAACAAGGCUUGCAUUUAUUGAGCCAUUUUUCCCCUCCCUCCAUGCCUGUUAUUUUUGAAAGUAAUGUUUAUAGAUUUUUUUUUUCCAUGUUAGUGCUGCAGUGAACUUUAAACAGUGGUUAAGUGUGCUUGUUCAGAACACAAAUAGAUCAUUUGUACACUCUUGCUGUUUAAUUUGCAAGUUCCAAUUUUCAUUUAUCAAUAAAGUUUUUAACAACCUUUAGUCUUGAAGACCUUAAGCUUUUAAAAAAAAAUCCUUUUGUACUUCUCAGCUUUUUAAAAAAAAAAAAAAAAACAAAAAAAAAAUUUUAGAGCCCAAAUCAAUUUCUCUGAACUUGAAAAACCAAACUAGACACUCUGGCUUGAGCCAUUUAAAAUUCAAUUGCAGAUGUCUGUAAUCUACGUUAUCAAAUUCCUGUUGGAGCUAAACUGUUAAAAGCAUAUGAUGCUGUUCCAAGUUCUUUACAUGGGUGUGUAGUGUCUCUCUGCUCAAAGGAUCCUCUUCAAGUGCAAAGCAUGAAUAAACUUUGGUAUACAGCGCCUAGACUCAGAACCAGACCACCAAAACUCAAGUGGCACAUUUCGACAAUCGACAGAUAAAAACAAGUUGCCUGUGACAAACUGCGGAUG